UACUAUUCAGCAGUAUUAUAACUUAACGCCUACCAAGAAAAGCAAUGUCCGUCUCAACGACCAGCUCAUACCCAACCCAACCAACAUCAAUAUUGCCGAGAGAAUGAUUAGGGUUCCAAUUCCAAAGGAACAUCCAUAUCAGUCCCACAUCUCCCGCUUCGCCCUGUUCCCAACGUUCCGCUCGCCAGACGACCCCGACACAGGCGUGAGGGCUGCGUCACAGCGACCCCUGAACCCUCUCGUCCCGGCCUCUGCUCCACAGGUCACUGUGCUGAGAAAGACAAAAGGUAGCGUGUGUUUGUGUGCGUGCGUUGAGAUUCAGUGUGUUUGUAAGUCUGUCUGGGUUUGCCACCCCAGGCCAGUGACGGGUGACGCUGAGACCCAGGUGUUCUACCCCAUGGCUCUGAAGUCAGUGUUCCCCAACCCAAGCCUCCGUGACUGGGGUGUCACUCUGUCUGAACGCACCGCCAACACGCUCCACAACUUAGAGAAGUCCCUGUGGGCCACCUCCUACCAGCUUGACUUCACAGGCAGCGGGCCUAGUAAUCCUUUGAGGAUGGACGACUUCCAUGAGAAAACCAUUGCCAUGAUCACUGGGAAGAUGACCCCCUACACAGCACAGCUGGUAUGUACAGUGACUACAAAUCUCAUGAAUAAACGGGAGCGAUCCCACCCCAUCCUGCUGCCUCCUAAGCCAGGCGACGGGCGCAAGGCCAGGAUUGGUCAGGAGCGCCGUGUCCUUCAGAGCACCGACCCGCCUCCUACUGUCAAUUCUGCUGCUGAGUCACAGCCCGCAGCGCUGACCUCCCACCACGGCCGCUCCGGACCUCUGGGAGCGCUGACCCACCACAACCGCUCCGGACCUCUGGGAGGUUACGGUUACAAUGAGACACUGGUAAACGACUUUACCCAGGACUACCGUCUCCCCAACAACAGCCAGAACCACACAGAGCCGAGCCUAGACAUCGGCCGCAAGCUGCUGCCUCCUCACCCUAAAGAACCGGCAGAGGUCACCAAAAUGGAUACCCAAAAUGAGUUGUGUCACGGGGACAUUCCUUGCAGAAAGAAUGAUAGCUACAGAGUAGGUACCGAAAACAGAACCGCUCGGAUAACAGGAUUGGAGACAGACGUGCCUGCGGUUUAUCGGAUAUCUCCCAAUGCCCAGAACGUCCCUUUGAGCGAGAAUUUAGUUGUCAAUUUUGAGAAUACUGCUAAUCAGACUUCAGAAAUACAGGAUCAGAAAAGGCAGAACAGAGAGAUCACAGAGAUCCCUUGUAGUAUCUCCAACCCCUGCAUCCAACCCCGUCCUCCUGUUCUGCCCUCCACCCAGCCAGGGGAGGGUGGAGGGGUUCUAGCUGGGGGUGGAAAUGCCCCAAACUGUCGGCACCAGUCCAGCCUGCUGGAGCUCCAGGACUCCUUCAGUAAGUCGGAGGUCCAUCGUCGUUUCCGCAGCUCCCUCCAGGGGGGCCCAGUGAACCUUCAGGACAACGUCCACGCCGGGAGAAAGCACCAUUUCUAUGGCUUCAACUCUUACUACUUCCAUGACUGA